AUGGGCUUCAUCUGUCAUAUUUCUGCAAGGCAGGAGAUGAAGUUAUCCAGCAGGGCAACCAAGGCCCCCUCUCCAUCUGACUUUCUGGACAAACUGAUGGGACGCACAUCUGGCUAUGACGCUCGCAUCAGACCAAACUUCAAAGGUCCUCCGGUCAAUGUCACCUGUAACAUCUUCAUCAACAGCUUCGGAUCCAUCACUGAAACAACUAUGGACUACCGGCUCAAUGUAUUUCUGCGACAGCAGUGGAAUGACCCUCGACUGGCAUAUAAGGAGUACCCAGAUGACUCUCUGGACCUGGACCCCUCAAUGUUGGACUCCAUCUGGAAGCCAGACUUGUUUUUUGCAAAUGAAAAGGGGGCAAACUUUCACGAGGUUACGACAGACAACAAACUGCUUCGGAUAUUCCAGAAUGGAAAUGUCCUCUACAGCAUCAGGUUGACACUUACCCUUUCCUGCCCCAUGGAUCUGAAAAACUUCCCCAUGGACAGCCAGACGUGUAUAAUGCAGCUCGAAAGCUUUGGCUACACCAUGAAUGAUCUUAUUUUUAAGUGGUUGGACGUGGGAGCGGUGCAGGUGGCCGACGAUCUGACACUCCCUCAGUUUGUGCUGAAUGAGGAGAAAGGCCUCGGCUACUGCACCAAGCACUACAACACAGGUAAAUUCACCUGCAUUGAGGUCAAAUUCUACCUGGAGCGUCAAAUGGGCUACUACCUGAUUCAGAUGUACAUACCGAGCCUGCUCACUGUCAUCCUGUCCUGGGUGUCUUUCUGGAUCAACAUGGAUGCGGCUCCGGCCAGAGUGGGAUUGGGAAUCACCACAGUGCUCACUAUGACCACGCAGAGCUCCGGCUCCAGGGCCUCCCUUCCAAAGGUGUCCUAUGUGAAAGCCAUAGACAUCUGGAUGGCGGUGUGUCUUCUAUUCGUGUUUGCUGCACUAUUGGAGUAUGCAGCCGUUAAUUUUGUUUCACGCCAGCACAAGGAGUUCUUCAGACUGAGGAAGAAGCUCAAAGAGCAACAGCGGCAGAGAGCUUCAAGUGGUGACAGUAAGGUUAAAGGAAACAACAUGUCAGGCAACAAUGCUGCUCAGGGCAACGUAGCCCAGCAGUGCAGUGUCUGUGCCCGGGAGGAGGAGCUGGCACAGCAGGGUUUACUCUUCCAGAGUUUUGGACUUGCACUGUCAGCAGGAAGUGCGCCGGAAAUGGAUGCAACACCAGUCUUUGCAGAUUUACCUCCCGGUUUAGGUUUCUAUGACAUACGCAGGCGCUUUGUGGAUCGGGCGAAAAGGAUUGAUACCAUCUCCAGAGCAGUUUUCCCCAUGAGCUUUCUCAUGUUUAAUGUCCUCUACUGGCUAACCUACAAAGUUCUACGACAUGAAGACCUUCUAGCCAAGCUGUGACGACACACCGUCUGAGAACCAUAAAGACACAGGAUACCUUUAAUUCUGUCUCUCUACACUGAAACAUUCACAGGCUGAGAGUCCUCAGCUGAGCCAUGCAAGAUGCGUUGUGACUGCGUGUCCAGUGCCAUUGGGAAAUUCCAUGACAUGGAAGAGUCCGUUGGUUUCUGUGAAUUUUUAAUACUUUCGAAAGAAAUGCACUUUUUAUUGCCACUGAUGCUUUAUGCAUUACAUGUCAGGGUACAGUAUGAGUGUACAGUCGGCAUCUUAAGCAUAGCAUCUCACACUUUCUAGGAAACAUGCAGUUUCUGUAGCUUCACAUGUAUUUGGACUACAGCACAUCUGAGGAAUAUUUACUUUGUGCAUUAAUUUUACUGGUGUAAUGGUGAACAUUGUC